GUUGAGAUCAUUAUUGAUGAUGGGGCACGGUCAGACGUCUACACCCGUUAACGUUUACCAUCACACCGAGAUAUUGUUUCUUUAUUCACAAUGUGGCUGAUUCUCCCGCUCGUAAUCGUAAGAACCCCGGAUAUCAUAGGUAGAGGUAUACGCACACUUACCUGCACGCUUUCAACUCUAGAUCAAUUUUGCUGUGUGGUUUGCACAUUCUCGAACUUGGAUUAGCAACGAGGCCGGUCAGCCGGAAUCAAAAUCGGCAGACGUUCCGGGGGAGUCGAAGGGGGAUGGGGCGUAGAAUGGCCGACCAUCUCCAAGACAAUGAGUCUGACGAUCUUGGGCCAUCAUUGAUGACACCCCCCGAUUCACCACUACCGCCACCACCAGAGCCAGACGCGACCAUAGUGCAAAUCAAUACAACGUCUUCUACACCUACCUCAUCACCGCCUCCAUCUCCAUCGUCUUCAUCCAAAUUGUUCCGGCCCUCGUCACCCUCUUCCUCCUCCUCCUCCUCAGAAACACCAACACCAGUAACAACACCACCACCGACACUGACACCAACAUCAUCAUCAACACCACUCCCCAACCGCACCAUCCCUCUCCCAAAAUGGCGAUGGCGCACCCACUGCGGCACCCGAUACCUCAUCUCCUGCACAAACCGCUGCGUCCACUGCGGCCGCUUCUUCUCCAACAAACCGGCCCCCAAAACCGGCCCACUCUCCAUCUCGCGCUUGUACAUGAGAGAUAAAGCCUUGCUCAGCUUGCGUCCCGAAGACGCCGAGUUCGGCUACUUCGUGACAGAACAUAUGAAGCGGAGGAGGAAUUGUGGUGGGCCCAGGGCGGCGACGGCGAGGGCGAGAGCAGAGCGGUCGGCAAUGUUCAUGGCGAGGGCCAUGUUGGAGGAUUCGGUGAUGGCUUCGCCGCCGUGGCUCAUGCUGUGGCCUUUUAAGUGGGAGUAUGUCAAACAGUGGCAGAUGGGAACGUACCCAGCACGAGGAACACAGGUCAAGCCAGCGUCUGGACGACGCGUACGCUUCAGCACUCCAUUCAUCAAAUAAUCAGGUCAUCGUAUAUGUAAGCUGAAUCAGAGAUAUAUCAUAAAUG